AUGUAUUUGGCUGACAUUGUUUGUUUUUUAGAUGAGAGCAUCACUCCACCUAUCCAGCCAGAACCUCCCCGACCAAAAGAGGGACAUCAACCUCCUGGACGUGUGCCCGAGAAUGCCUCUUUGGUAAAUCUGUAUGGAAAUUCGUCGUCCGAUGGGGAUGCCUCCACCCAAGCUGUAUCCCAGCUUCCUGAGAUAAACGAUUUGAAUGACGCUGAGGAGGCGACAGGCCAUCGGAGGAAGCGAUGCAAGAUAGCAGAGCAUGGCCCUGUUAACAUGAGCGCUGUGGUGUCGUCAAAUGCUUUUCCCAAUAUGCAACCACCAGCUCCCUCCGUUAUAUCGCCGACUGAUACCCUCUCUAAGGUGCAAGAGACACAUGACUGCGAAUCGAGCACUUCGACUGGCUUGAGAUUAGAAAACCGAACCCAGGCUGCACCAGAUAAGAAGCAAGAGAGAGGGAAGAAGCUGUUGCAUUUGCAAUUAGACCCGACAUUACUCAGCGCUUUCCCACCAGGCGAAAGCACUGAGCACAGCCAAACUCGCCAAAAUACAAGAAGGAAGUCCUCUCGUCUCAAUACUGUUGCAAAAUUUGUCAACCGAGUUAAAAUUGCAAAGAUUGCAUAUAAUCCGAAUGAUCAGUCAAAACAAAAUGUUGGGCAACUUAUUGAUGAUAUCAUGAAUGGCCGCACCACAUACUUGGAGUUAAAACGGCAAGCCGUGCAACCAAAGAGUGGAAUCCGUACAAGACCAACUUCUACGGGUCCGCCUAAACCUACUCAUCCUUUCUUCCUGUCAAAGGGCCAACAGAAAGCCUCCAAUAAACCGCUUCAGCAGUCAAAUACGCAGCAAUCCAAUGCUUUAAACAACUCUACGCUUCCACAAGCGUCAACUGAACCAAAACCCGAAAGUUCCGCCUCGAUCCCACGAAUCUUCCCUCCUCUCUCCUUUCCCUCUGUGAGCCAAAAGCAGAAGGCCCAUGGGAAUAGGGAGCCUCUUGAUCCUAUCUGGCCACCUCGGGACAUGGUGCACAACCGUGGCCCCAUUGAGCCUAUUUGCGCUGCAACUAAUAUAACGUUUGAAAAGCGAAAAGCAAAGCAAUCGACUGUUUCGGUGUCUGAUGCCGAAAGUGUUCUCACAACAAUCUGCCUACCCCUCACGGAGUCAAACUCCAAUACUCCCAAGCGACAACGGUCAAAAGCUCUACGGCGCCCAAAGAGGCACGUUCUUAAGUGCAGCGAGUUUAAAAGAUCCGUUAUUGAGAAACUUGCAGUAUGCAACCUUGAGCAGGGAGGGCAGACUCAGCUGGAUACUUUACCUCAAACUGCACAUCCGGCCCUUGUAAAACUUGCAUCAUCCUUGGAUACUACCACAAGCUCCUUUGACAGGGGUGAAUACGACGAUACCCCAUGGCCUCAAAAAUACGCCCCCAAAACGGCUGCCGAAGUUCUUCUGCUAGGCUCUGAGACAUCUAUCUUGCGAAGUUGGCUACAACACCACCAAGUGUCGGCGGUCGAUACAGGGCUAUGCACAAGCAGCCCACGACAAACACCUGAGAAUAAGGCAGUGCGGAAAAGGAAGCGAAAAAAGCCUAAAGACUUAGAUGGUUUUAUUGUUUCGAGUGAAGAUGAAGAUAGUGUCAUGAGUGAACUUCAGAAUUCUGAGGACGAGUUGGCGGGAGGAGUUACGAUCCCCGUGAAAAGAUCAAUGGUUAGAUCUAACGAUUUUGGAACUGCAUCGGCCAAACGGCCGAUGGCAAAUACGAUACUCCUCAGCGGACCACCAGGGUGUGGGAAAACGGCGGCUGUCUACGCUGUAGCUGGAGAAUUGGGAUUUGAGGUGUUUGAAAUCAAUGCUGGGACACGAAGGGGUGCGCGGGACAUAAUCGAGAGAGUCGGUGAUAUGACCCAAAAUCACCUUGUUCAACUCCUUGCCAAGACAGAUAGUGAAUCGGACCAGGUUAGCUCAUUGGCUCUUGGUAAUGAAAAAGGCCCCAAACAAAGCACUAUGGCAAGCUUCUUUGCAAAGAAAAGCACGCCAAAGCCCACCAAUGCUGAUUCGAUGAAAAAAUCGCCAAAAGCGGAAAGUAAGGAAGUGCCAAAGCCCCAUAUAAACCAAAAGCAGUCUUUGAUAUUGCUUGAAGAAGUUGAUAUCCUGUUUAAUGAAGAUAAACAAUUUUGGACUGGGGUACUUGCACUGAUCAGUCAAUCCAAAAGGCCGAUUAUCAUGACGUGCACGGAUGAAGAUCUUCUUCCACUAGAUACCAUGUCUCUUCAUGCUAUUUUACGGCUUCAGCCACCGCCCAGUGACCUCGCAGUAGAUUAUAUACUAUUGCUCUGUGCAAAUGAGGGCCAUCUGCUAGACCGCAAAGCUGUAUCAGACCUGUACCUUGCUUUAGGGAGAGACCUUCGAGCAACCAUCAUGUGGCUGAGCUUUUGGUGCCAAAUGGGAGUAGGUAGUCGAAAAUCAGGGCUUGACUGGAUAGUGGCUGCGGAAGCCUUGGAUUUACGGGACUCUAGUGACUUGUAUAGGACGAUAAGUUCUGAUACCUACAUGGAAGGUAUGGGAUGGUAUAGUGCAGACACUGUCGUUGGCGAGCAAGAUCACCUAGAGCUUCGACAGCAGCUGUUGACUGAAGGCAUCGAGCAAUGGGAUAUUGGGUUGAUGGAUUGGCUCGAAAUUGGGAAUGGUCGAAUUAGCGGCGGAUGCUUUGGACCAGUCGACAGCUUGGAGCAAAUGGAUUUAGCAGCCGAUGUCAGGAGCUGCCUAGAUAUAAUCUGUGACGAAGGAUAUCAUGGGAUCAAGCGCCCACUCGAUCCAUCCAUGCCGCCAAUUCCCGAGAAACAUAGGCUAGAUUACAUCGAGGGAUACCAGCUGCUUCAGUCAGAUCACCGCACGGAGUUCAACCGGCUAUCUGCAAAGAUAGGUGCAACGCUGAGCACACUUGCGGAGAAUAUCCUCGGUCCUGCCGAGAUAUGCAUAGGAGAACAGGAUGAUGUGAUAGAACACGUCCUUGAACGGACAGCUCCCCAGAGACCGAAACAGCUUCACAAGACUGCGUUCCAAGAUGCCUUCCAAGCCAUCAUUGACCCGCCCGAUUACUCCACCCUAGUCUCCAAUAUCCGACCUCUUUCAUUUGAACAUGGCACGUCUGUCAUUGCUGAGGAUGUCGCGCCGUAUAUCCGCCAUAUUAUUCUCUUUGAGAUGUACCUUGAGCAAUACCGGCUGAGGCUCGGCGGCCUUUCCCCGCAGAACGGACCACCAGGCAAGCGUGCAAGGACGACACGAGCAAGCAGAGCGGCCGUUGAAGGAGCUGACAAGGCCAGCAUCAGGCGAGAUCGGUGGUUCCCUGGCCGAAUCAUCCCUGAGCAGAUCAUCGCCACCGGGGGCAAAGGCUGGGAGAGUAUCCUACAAUACCCUCAAACUGAUGAUCUAGCAGAGGUACGGGCAGUGUUCGCUCAGGCCGGACAGCCGCUUUGUCCUGCGCCAGCCGUUCCUUGCGAAGAUGGAGCAUAA